GGUGAGCUGCGGCGGCUACCACGGCGACACGGCCCUCAUGUUGGCCGUCUGCAUGGGCAGCGUGGCCGUGGUGCGGCAGAUCCUCGCCACCCCCCGCAUCGACCUGCGCCGGAAGUCCCAGGUCGGCGUGCCCUUCGGGAAGGAGCGCGCUAGAGUUCGCCCCCUCGGGCGGCGAGCUCCGGGGCCUGCUGGAGGAGGCCCAGCGGCGGCAGGCGCUGGCGGGCGGAGGCCUCUGAGCGCCUUCGCUCGCGGAGGCGGUGGGCGCAGCCAACGACGCCGACGAUGCCGACGGGCGCAGCGACGACGACGCCGUUACAUGUUGUAUGUGUGUGUUUUUACGUCUUGUUUCCCUAGGACCGGAUAUAUUUGGCUGAUUCUUGGGCCACCUUGCAUGCGGAGGGGCGACCGUUCGCGGACGCAGCACUCGACCAGCUGCGGCAACUGCAUACGUUGACAGCGGUAAGAGGUUGUCAAGGUAUUUCUUGGCAGCUGCCAGGAAUGCAUGUUUUGACAGCUGCGACGGCUGUACAUUUCGAAGUUGAUCAGCUUGCAAAGGCUGCGGUGGACUCUGACGGCGAGCUGGUUCCUGCAGCCCUCAGAGUGGUCCGCCUGUCCAUAGUUGUGGCAAAGCUCGCCACUGUGAUUUUUUAUAGGUUUCAUAGAUGGGGAGGCCUCUUCUGUUUCUUGUCGCAUUGUUCCUGUACAUACUGGCGGCUGGAACGCCGCAGUUCCACUCCGUGCACGACCUCUCGAGGACUUCUUGCCCGCGCUUGGGACCAGGAGCAGCCCGACCUCCGGCGAGACGGUCUCUGUCGCACGCGGCCCCAGCAGCUCUCUGCGACGCCCAGAUCGCAGGGGCUCGCCUCCUCCGCGCUGUCCCCCCCCGUGCCCUGCUCCAGGGCGGGGCGGGCCUGUCUUCCAGCGGCCUGUCUUCCAGUCCCGCGGCUCUCAGCGAAAGCGCGAGCCGAGGGCUGCAUACGUGCACACGCGCCUGCGGUGGUGGGUGAGUGGGUCCCGUCUUGGGGUCUCAGGGCUGGGUUUCUUGUGGACUGGCCUCCACUGCAUGGGGUUGCUGCUCUGUUCGGCGGCCCCGGAGCCCGAGAGGCCCGCUCUUAAUUCCAGCGGGCGAGCGCGGCGACAGGCCAGACACGGAGCAACCGUCGGUCUGCUCGCGGCGCCGGGGGCCUCUGGUGUCGGGGAGGGGCCGCCGCCGCUCCACACGUCCGCGAGGGCCCGCGGCAGCCGGCGGCGUGAGCCAAAAAAGUGGGCAGGUCUGGCCGUCCGACUGACUGCGCGCGCGCAAGGCCUGCGUUGCGUGGGCGGGGCGACGUCGACGCCGGCCACGGCCACGA